AAAAACUGCAAAAAAAAUCAGAGGGCAAUGCAAGAAGAACUACACUCACGCUCGCUCCUUUUUUGGACUACACUCACGCUUGCUCCUUUUUUGGAAAAUUUCAUUUUACAUAAAUAAAGACAAAAAACAACGUUACAAGCCGAAAAAGGCCAAUUGUACCCGAUCAUGCACGAAACAGAAAAGCUCCUGGACCGAGUAGCCGAGUGUCACCGAAUAAGUCAUUAGUAUAGUUGGCGCGAUAAACAAAUUCUCUCAAGAUGGACGUUUGUGAUGAAAAAUUUGAAUCUCCACACAAAACUUAUAAGUUUCUACACUGUGAAACAACAUGCAGUAAAAAAUACAAUUUAAGCAGACAUGAGGAAAUAAUUUACCAGAAAAAAAUCUAUUUUAAAUUAUCGACAUAAGUGUUCACUCUGUGAACAAUCAUUCAAUAGAAAAUGCAAUUUUAGCAGACAUGAAGAAAUUGUUCACAAGAAAGAAAGUUAAAAAAAGUUUCUAAUUCGAACUGCGUACGACAAAUUAAUAGAAUUAUCUGAACAAUAUGAUUCGCCAUUUCGAGUGUGGAUGGGAAAUCAAUAUUAUGUUGGAAUCUACGAAUCUGGUCAAAUGAAAACUAUUCUGACAAGUCCAAAAACCACGGCGAAAGCUUCUAUAUACGACUUCCUGCGGCCUUGGCUCGGUAAUUCAUUGGUUCUUGCACCAGUUCCGAUGUGGCGUGUCCAUCGUAAAAUAAUUCAACCUGCUUUCAAUCCUCAAACUCUAAGAAAAUUUGUGCAUAUUUUCGAUAAACAUUCAAAAUCAAUAGUUAAAAGAAUGGAGGAAGAACUGGAUGGAGGUGAAUUCGAAGUUCGCUCCUAUUUAGGAUCAUAUGCUUUGAGCGUUGCUUUAGAAGCUUCUAUGGGCUUAACGGAAACUUUUGACCCAAAAAUCAGCGCAGAUUAUGGUGAAUGUGCAGAUAGAGCCUUCAAAUUGAUAACGAAACGAGGUUUCACUCCUUUAUUGCAUCCUGAUAAAAUUUUCAAUUUAACAAAAAUGGCAAAGGAUGUAUACAGAUGCAUUGAAGUAAUGCACAGCAUAUCACAUUCUAUAAUUGCAAAGAAAAAAAAUGAAUUGGAAAAACAUGAUGAACUUAAAAAUGAUGAAAUUGAGAAUAAAAGAAAAGGGUUCUUAGAUAUACUCUUAAACCUACAAGAUAAACAGAAAUUGUCUGAUCAACAAAUUUGUGAUGAGGUGAACUUUAUGGUAGUAGCGGCAUAUGAUACAGUGUCAGCCAGUCUUCAGUAUGUACUAUUGAUGUUGGCAUCCUACCCUGACGUACAGGAAAAAGUAUAUCAGGAGUUGAAGCAUAUUUACGGUGAAGUAAUUCCAGAAAAUAUUUUGUUUGCAAGUGAUGACUUAAAAGAAAUGAGAUACACAGAAAGAGUGAUUCAAGAAUCAUUGAGACUGUUUCCUCCCAUAGGAUUUCUUUUACGAAAAGUAGAAGAGGAUCUUGAAGUCGGAGGAUACAUAUUGCCGAAAGGUUGCACGACUUACCUCGCUAUAGCAAAGGUUCAUCGGGAUGAAAAAUACUGGCCUGAUCCACUCAAAUUUGAUCCUGAUAGAUUUCUUCCUGAAGAAGUCGCGAAGCGCGAUGCAUACUGUUUUUUGCCCUUUAGUGGAGGACCAAGAAACUGUUUAGGUCAUCUAUAUGGCAUGAUGGAGAUGAAGACACUUGUAGCCAGAAUACUUCUUGAAUACGUUUUAAAAAAGAAACACGUCCAACCAAUCGAAAACAUUAGGCAAAGAAUGGAAGUCGUAUCCCAUCCAAUUGAACCAAUUAAAAUAGAAAUUGUAAGAAGAUUACCAAAGACAUAGAAUGGCUUAUUUUUGUAUGCUAAAAUAGUUCACGUUUUUCACUUUCAGAUAUUUAUUUUCUGAACUUGAAGUUCUUUAAAAUAAUUUUAACAAAACUUACCUUUUAGAUCCCCGUUUUUAAAGUAUCUACAAUUUCUUAAUAAUGUAUGUAAUUAUGUACAAAAUAAUUUGAUAUUAUUUGUAUUUUGUCUACCGGUCUAGAAUUAAUAUUUUUAAAAUAUUUAUGUUUAUUUCUAAAUUGUAAAAAUGGCUCUCAAGCUCCGCUGGAAUUCUGAACCAAGAUCUUACGCACUGCCAGUCUGCUGCUCUUGACCAGUAACCUACGAGGAGAUCAGAUCAAUUUCUUAACAACCUUUUCAAGUAGAAUUGCGACGUAAUUCUCAUUCUUUUAAGAUUAAUACUUCACACAUUUGAACCCUCUGAAUCUGAAAACCCCGGUCUAAUGAAAGUGUCUUUCUGUCAUUGCCAUCUGUAAACUUGAUAAAUUAAAAAGACAAAACCGAUUAGAUUGUGCCUUCGUUUACCCCUUCAGGGACCAAAACGAAAAGAUCGAUUUCGUUAACCAGCUAUUUUAGAUAAAAAUUUAAGAAUUAGGAACAUUUUCAAAAUCAUUAAAAACAAUCUUUGUUUAAUAUUAAAAUUUUUUAUGAGAGGCUAUUCAUAUUAGAAGGAAUCUCAAAGAAAUUGUGGUUACGCACGGUAUGAAAAAAGUCCAACAAAGAAAAAAACGCUGCUUUUUGAAAGCACUACAAGAUUUUUGUAACAAUUUGUUAAUUUUUUUCAAAAAUA